GCGCCUGCGCACAGGAGGUACAGGUCUGGCCCUAGCGAGAGCGCGCCGGUCGCAAGAUGGCUGCGGCCAUGCGAGGCCUUGCUGUGUGUGCGCAGCGGGCGGCGGAGCGGCCCGGACAUCAGGGGCAGCGACGACACUAGCUCAGCCUUCAGCCACUCUUCUAGAACGCCACCCCAGCCUCUGCCUGCUUCUUCGGAGAUGGAUCUGGCUGUGGGCCCCGGUGCAGCGGGGCCCAGCAACGUCCCGGCCUUCCUAACCAAGCUGUGGACCCUCGUGAGCGACCCGGACACAGACGCGCUCAUCUGCUGGAGCCCGAGUGGGAACAGCUUCCACGUGUUUGACCAGGGCCAGUUUGCCAAGGAGGUGCUGCCCAAGUACUUCAAGCACAACAACAUGGCCAGCUUUGUGCGGCAGCUCAACAUGUAUGGCUUCCGAAAAGUAGUCCACAUUGAGCAGGGUGGCCUGGUCAAGCCUGAGAGGGAUGACACCGAGUUCCAGCAUCCAUGUUUCCUGCGUGGCCAGGAACAGCUCCUUGAGAAUAUCAAGAGGAAAGUGACCAGCGUGUCCACCCUGAAGAGUGAGGACAUAAAAAUACGCCAGGACAGUGUCACCAGGCUGUUGACAGAUGUGCAGCUGAUGAAGGGGAAACAGGAGUGUAUGGACUCCAAGCUCCUGGCCAUGAAGCACGAGAACGAGGCCCUGUGGCGGGAGGUGGCCAGCCUUCGGCAGAAGCAUGCCCAGCAGCAAAAAGUUGUCAACAAGCUCAUCCAAUUCCUGAUCUCACUGGUGCAGUCGAACCGGAUCCUGGGGGUGAAGAGAAAGAUCCCUCUGAUGUUGAGUGACAGCAGCUCAGCACACUCUGUGCCCAAGUAUGGUCGACAGUACUCCCUGGAGCAUGUCCAUGGUCCCGGCCCAUACUCAGCUCCAUCUCCAGCCUACAGCAGCUCUAGCCUUUACUCCUCUGAUGCUGUCACCAGCUCUGGGCCCAUAAUCUCCGAUAUCACUGAGCUGGCUCCCACCAGCCCUUUGGCCUCCCCAGGCAGGAGCAUAGAUGAGAGGCCUCUGUCCAGCAGCACCCUGGUCCGUGUCAAGGAAGAGCCCCCCAGCCCACCUCAUAGCCCUCGGGUACUGGAGGCAAGCCCUGGGCGCCCAGCCUCCAUGGAUACCCCUUUGUCCCCAACUGCCUUCAUUGACUCCAUCCUUCGAGAGAGCGAACCUACCCCUGCUGCCUCAAACACAGCCCCUAUGGACACAACCGGAGCCCAAGCCCCUGCACCCCCAGCCCCCUCCACCCCUGAGAAGUGCCUCAGCGUAGCCUGCCUAGACAAGAACGAGCUAAGUGAUCACCUGGAUGCCAUGGACUCCAACCUGGACAACCUGCAGACCAUGCUGACAAGCCACGGCUUCAGUGUGGACACCAGUGCCCUGCUGGACCUGUUCAGCCCCUCGGUGACCAUGCCCGACAUGAGCCUGCCUGACCUGGACAGCAGCCUGGCCAGCAUUCAGGAACUUCUAUCUCCCCAAGAGCCUCCCAGGCCUAUUGAGGCAGAGAAUAGUAACGCCGACUCAGGAAAGCAGCUGGUGCACUACACGGCUCAGCCUCUGUUCCUGCUGGACCCUGAUGCUGUGGACACAGGGAGCAGUGAACUGCCUGUGCUCUUUGAGCUGGGGGAGAGCUCCUACUUCUCUGAGGGAGAUGACUACACGGAUGAUCCCACCAUCUCUCUUCUGACGGGCACUGAACCCCACAAAGCCAAGGACCCCACUGUCUCCUAGAGGUUUCAGUUGUCAGGCUGGCUUGGGCCUGGCCCCCAGCCUAUUCCUAGGACACGGCUGGUCCUGGGGAGACAAGACAGUUGGGUAGUCCAGGGAAUCCUAGGUCAAGCCAGCACAACCCCAGUGGAGCACAGAUGGGACUUGGGCUUGGGCAGUACCUUGGAUCAAGAGGAAGAUCCUGAAGGCUGCAUACCUGCUGCCUUCACCCCAGCCCCAGGUCUGCUCUCUGGGUCAGAGCUUCACAGCCACACUUGGACUGACCCUGCAGGUUGUUCAUAAAAUUGUAUUUUGGAUUUUUACAUGAGAGUCCCCUUUAACCCUUCACAAAUAAAUAUAUAUAUACAUACAUAUAUAUAUAUAUAUACAUGCACACGGAGAUGGGCAGAUGAUAAACAGGUUCUACUGUGGCCUCCUGUGUGUUUCCUCCUGCCCUGAGGGAUCUGGAAGGUGGGGAUGUAGGCAGGGAGUUCAGAACUUACUACAUGUCUCCUUGGAAAAAUACAGAUACCUGUGAUACCCCCUAGACCAACCUUGAUCUACAGAACUAGUAUUUGCUCACAGCUUUUUCUUUAGGGGACCAAUCUGGCCCAUGCUGUUGUCAGCAAGAGUGUUCUGCAUGGCCAUGCUGGACACGUUGGC